AUGGUCUUCCUCCCUCCGCCACAUCUAGCUUCAGCUUCACGGCCAUCGUACGCAGAAGCCUACGCCGACAUCCUAGCCACUCACCGCCGCUUCCCCCUCGUGUCCGCCGCCUCCGUCACGAUCCUCGUCGCACCAGAUGUCGACGCGCUUUGUGCCGCUCGCAUGCUCGCGGGUCUGUUUCAACAGGACGAUGUCACACAUAAUGUAAUUCCCGUGUCAGGUAUAGCAGAACUGGAACAGAUGCGGGAAACACUGAUGACCUCGAACGAGCUUCACACCCUCAUACUAGUCAACAUGGGUGCAAUCCUGGACUUGCCAUCGGACGAGUGGUUCGGAGACUUUCCGAACCGACUACGUGUUCAUAUUAUCGAUUCAAGUCGACCGUGGAACUUGUCAAGUUUGUUUGCGGGAGGGGAGAACGGAGAGCGAAUAUAUGUAUGGGAUGAUGGAGGUGCGGAGAAACUCGAGGAGGAACGAAAAGCAUGGGAGAUGAUUUCGUACGAGCCAGAAGAGGAUUCGGAUGAAGACUCGGACGAAGACGACCCGCCAGAUAGCUUAGAUGACGAUGAAUACGAAGAAGGUAGCUCGUCAGGGAAGCGGAGAUCACUAGGUGACGGACCUCGGAGCCCUGGUAAACGACGCCGAGUAGAUGGACAGCGGCCACAUCGAAUAUCACGCGACGAGCGGGAAGACUAUAUGGAGCGUUUGAACAAACACUAUGCAUCAGGCACCUGGUACGGUCAGAGCGCGUCGGGCACGGUGUAUAUCCUCGCCACAGUCCUCGAGCGUGUAGACAAUGACCUUUUAUGGCUGGCGAUAUUAGGUUUAACAUACCAAUACACCUCAUGUCGAAUAUCCCGAGACGAGUACGAUAAAUAUUGUAGCAUCUACAACGACGAAGUAGCGCGACUGAACCCUCCCCCACCACCGAACGACACCCUCGGUUUCGCUUCUCUCAAUGCAGACGAUAAAUCUCUCCGCGUCACGGACGAACUCCGGUUCGCUCUCUUCCGACAUUGGACGCUUUACGAUGCUAUGUAUCACUCGAGCUACGUCGCCAGCAAGCUUGGGAUCUGGAAAGAACAAGGUCGUAAGCGGCUGACGGGUUUGCUUGCGAAGAUGGGAUUCUCUACUUCACAAACUCAACAACUGUAUGCACAUAUGGCCAUGGACCUCAAACGCGAACUGCGGGGCAAGCUAGAAGCCAUCGCCCCAGAAUAUGGCAUGGUCGAACUAUCUUACCCUUCGUUCGUACGAUGCUAUGGCUAUUACACCCAACCACUCGCAGCAGCCGACGCCGUGGAAGCUCUGAACUCGCUACUUGACGCUGCGACCGGCGUGCCAAUGGAGGUCGAGAUUGUCGGAGCAAGGAACGGAGGGGAGUGGUUCGGUGGCGGACAUGUGUGGCAUGCGGGCGGGAGAUGGGCUACUGAGACGGCGGACAAGAUUAAAGAGAAACAGAGAGGCAGAGAGGGCAAUGCAGAGGAUGCGGCGUUGGAUGGUGACACGGACCCUGAAGAGGAUGGCAAGUCGAAUAUGGCGAAGAACUUCUGGAGCGCUUUUGAUGCGCUAGACGAUAUUGAACGACUACAUCAAUCGCUUCAGCUCGCCAUGGCAGUCCAACGUGCCAUCAUCACCACAGGCUCCUCCAUCAUCGACAGGCAAGACAUCCGGAGGACGAAAGGUCAACACAUCGUCACGCUCAAACAAGGCUCCAACCUCGAACUCUUCGCCCGUCCGGGCGUCCUCCUACGUCUGGGUCUUUGGCUCGUGGACGCCUUGCGGAACAGUAAGGGUGCGGACGAUAUAGGGAGGAAGAGGAAGAAGAGCAUACCGAUCAUUUUGGCGUGCUUGAAUGAGAAGGCGAAGACAUACACUGUCGUUGGUAUCAAUGCGGCUCUCGACUUCGGAGAUGUCAAGAAAAAUGACUUCGGCCUGUUAUUUCUGGAUGCGAAAGAGGAGACGGGAGCAAGAACACGGCAUGGCUCGUUCGAUACGAGUGUCCUGGAGGUCAACGAGACGGACUUCGAGGCGUUUUUGGCGGAAGUGUCUCGGAUUCGGUCUGAGAGGUAUUGA